AUGGCGAAUUUGCCAUCUUUUACGAAAACAUUUCAUAGGGAUGUCUACCCCGGCAUAUCACCGACGCGACCAGAGCUGUCCGCGGUGGGAAAAAUUGUUGCUGUUACAGGAGCGGGUGGCCAGAUUGGAAAGGCUACUUGCAAAGCAUUUGCUAGAGCAGGAGCAAAACAUAUCAUUAUGCUAGAUCUCAACCUGGACAAUUUGCAAACUGCCAAAACAGAGAUUGAGCAGGACCCAGAGUGCCAAACGUCGAUUCUUCAUUUGUUCGCCGUCAACAUCACAGACCAAGCUGCAAUAAAAGAAACAUUCUCUAAAAUUGAGUCGGCUUUCGGAAUUGUGAGCGUCUUAGUCAACAACGCCGGCUAUCAACCAUCACCUCAACGUUACCGCUAUGCCGCAAUCGAUGAAUGGUGGAAGGGCCUCGAAGUCAACGUCAAAGGUAGUUUUAUUGUCACACAAGAAUUUGUCCAACACGCAGCACUGGACAACUCAAAAACUGCCGCUCCUACACUGAUCAACAUCUCGAGCGUGCUAGCACACUGGGGCAUCAGACAAGGUUAUGUAAAUGGACAUACCUCUUACAGCAGCGCCAAGAUCGCAAUGACACGAGCCAUGGAGAUUCUCCAGGAGGAAGAGCCGUGGUUACGGGUAUUCAAUGUACAUCCGGGUCUUGUGGCCACUCCCAUGGCAGCGAAGUCAGGGACUUUGUCAGUCUCCAUCGACAAUGUUAACUUACCUGCAUUCUUUGCCGUCUGGGUUGCUAGUGAUGAGGCUGAGUUUCUUAAGGGAAGGUUCUUAUGGGCGAAUUGGGACAUAUCUGAGCUCCAGCAACAGAAAAAAGAAAUAUUGGACCAGGAUCUUUUAAGGCUGAAUUUAUAUGGAUUGCAAUUGUAA